CAGACGUGUUUAUCCAACCGGUAGCCUUUCAGGAAAUUCGGAAGUUUGUUUUCAAGUAAGUUUAGGAUUUAGAGCAUGUUUGUUUUUAAAAAUAACUUGCAUCCAUUUUAUUUCAAGCAUAACACGGGCUCCAAAAUGUUCGGGGAAGAUUACAGUGAUACCUCCAUGAUAUGAAUGUGUUUUUUAAGAAAGGCUUUGGGUGCCACAUUUCGACUCAUCACCAGUAUUAAUCGGAAUGAUAUGUAUUGGGCGUUCGUAAAUAGGCUUAUCUGAAGUUUAUGUAGGCUAAUCUCUCUCUCUCUCUCUCUCUCUCUCUCUCUCUCUCUCUCUCUCUCUCUCGCUCUCUCUCUCUCUGUCUCUCUCUUUGUCUCUCUCUCUCUCAGUGUGUUCGUGUGAGAAUAUGUCCAGACUCCUCCUCUUUAUGAUAAUGUGACAGGAGCAUCUCCUUGUGUGAGACAAGCCUCCAUUCGCAAUCAACUAUGUGAUCUCUUUUCUCCCUCAAAUCUGCUCUCUGCGGUUCUUCCAUCCUCUGGUCGUCGCUCCUUUCCCUCCCGCAAAGCGACAAAGUUACUUUGUUCGACUCAAAAGUUUACUUUUUGCUCCGUUUUUUUGGGGUGUUGUUUCACCACCACCGGUUCGCUGACUCGCGCGACCAACAUGGCAACUCCCGCCGCUCCGACUCUUCUCCCCGUGGCUCCGCUCGGCCAUCACCCGGCGGCGAGUUCCGCAUCCCCGGCCACUCAUUCACCUCCACCUGCGGCCACCUCCGCCACUUCCUCGCCGGCUCCCCCGGCGGCGCGUCCGACACUGCUCCACCAAUUCCGGGCGGACCUCUUACUCCCGAACGGCACCCAGUUGAAGAGCGGCGGCGUCGGUUUGGUCCCGAUGUCCGGGGGCGGGAACAAGCCCGUGUACGCCACGCCGUCCCCGGUGGAGAGCACCCCGCAGAACAACGAGUGCCGGCUUGUGGAGGUGAAGGGAGCCAAGCUGGCGUCGUUCACCGUCAAAAACACGGAGCUCAUUUGCCUCCCACAGGCCUUCGACGUGUUUCUCAAGCACCUGGUCGGCGGGCUUCACACCGUCUACACCAAGCUGAAGCGGCUCGACAUCACGCCGGUGGUGUGUAACGUGGAGCAGGUCCGCGUGCUCCGGGGACUGGGGGCUAUCCAGCCCGGCGUGAACCGAUGCAAGCUCAUCUCCAGGCAGGACUUCGAGACGCUCUACAGCGACUGUACCAACGCGAGUUCGAGGCCCGGCCGACCGCCCAAGAGGCUGCAGACGGUGACUGACGGCGGCGCUCACCACAUGCUCUCCCACGGCGGUCUGAUGCACGCCGGGAUCAUGCCUCCCGCAGAUCUGUCCGCCCUGGCCAAGAAGAUCAAACUGGAGAUGGGCGGUUACCACGGCAACCAACAGCAUGGCUGCCACAACGGAGAGAACGGCGACCACAGUCCCGGAUUGAUUCUGGACCAGCUGCCCUUUAUGAUGAUGUCACAUCCCCUGAUCCCGGCCAGUCUGGCGCCGGCCUCCGUUUCCAUGGCGAUGGGCCAGAUGAACCGCUUGAGCACGCUGGCCAGCAUCGCCAACAUGGCGCAGCUCCACCACGCCAAUCCGGCCCCCCGGCCCCCGGCCUCCGUCAUUAAGGAGCGCAUGCACGACGACAGCCCCUCCCCUUCCCCCUCGCUGGAGGAAGCCCCGAUGUCGUCCAAUCACAGCAGCGUGUCCAGUUCUCCCUCUCGCACAGAACCAACCGCAGAAAACCCGCACCAGCUCCCCGAUGGCGUCACUUUAAGUCACUGCGUGUUGGCACAGACGGGGGUCAGAGAGUCCGACUCGAUGGAAUACGGCAAGGAAAGCAAAAGGGGGCGCGCUGACAAAGAAUCCAACCCGCUGGCCGGUGAUAGACAAGUGUACCAACACCCCCCGGCGAGCAGGGACGGCGGCUGCGAGAAGGCGCCGUACCCCGCGGGACACAAGCUCGCAGCGGGUCUCCACCACGCUCCCUUCAUCUUCCCGGAAGGCUUGUCCUCUAUAGAGACGCUGCUCACCAACAUCCAGCAGGGUCUCCUGAGGGUUGCCAUAGAGAACGCCCGGGCGCAGGAGAAGCAGGACCACCUGGAGAGGACCGAGCUGAAGAUGGAGCUGGUGCGCGAGCGAGAGCUGCGAGAGACGCUCGAGAGGCAGCUCAGCAUGGAGCAGAAAAACCGAGUUCUCAUUCAGAAGCGACUGAAGAAGGAAAAGAGGAAUAAGAGGAGACUUCAGGAAGCCUUGGAAGAGGAGGUGAAACUUCGAGAUCAGGCCGAGCACGGCUUCCUGCAGCACGCCGCCGGCGCACUCUCAGACUCCGUGACCCAGGACGCGGACGUCGUCAAGCUGGAGGACGACAGGCUGGACGUUAAGGCAACAGUGCAAGAGGGCCGAGUAUUCCUGCAGACGCCCGCGAUGUAUUGAAGUACGAAGGCGGACGCGUUUGAACUUUUCCACUCUUCUCUACCUUUAAUUUAUUGCAUCUAUCACUCGAUCCUGGACGGUAGUAACGGAAAAUUCCUUUAUUCUGAUGACGUGUUUGUUUGUGUUUCUUUCAACGGAGACCCCCGUUGGCCCAGGGGCGGAGUUGUUGUUGUUGUUUUUUUUUGUUCGGGCCCAAAGAUCAGUCCAACUUGUUACCCAGCUGUGUACAUAUAUUGUCAUUGCUUUUUUUGUUGUUAUAAUCCAGAAAAGGCAUGUUGUAUAGUCAGUACAUGUAUGGUGUAUGUUAUGCAGUAGGGCAGUUUGACAAGACAAUACAAAUACUUUUUAAUAUGAAAA